CCAGAAUGAACAGGAUGAAUAGUAAUCAAACCUCGGAUUUUUUUGAUUCUCCUUCCCCUUGACCACACAUCCACCCACAACCCAACAAUUCUGGGGACAGAUGGAUGAUACUUGAAUGAAAACGUCACAGAUCGGUACAUCUAUCUGCAACAAAGGAACCACAGCCACCGUCAAGCAGGUGGUGCAUCGUAUAUUGAUUAUUAAUCCCUAACUUUAAAUCUGUUGAUGGUUUUAGUUCUUACUUUGCUCACCAGAGCUACCCAAUUACCAAGCAUCAAAUUCCGUGUACCCAGGAUAUCGUACGGAUUUACCUGGACCCUACCGGCUAGACUCAACUCUACUUGCAUCACCUUCCCUUCCAUCUCAAAAGGUUGAGCGGGCAGAGGAAGAAAAGAGAGACGGUACAGUCAAUCGGCUGAAGAAGAAAAGCUGAUAAACCUUGUCUUCAGCCUUCUUGCAUACCCACCCUACCUGGCAUAUACAUAGAAAAGAGAAAAAAACAGAGAAAAUCAAUCUGAUGACUGGAGUAGAAAGAUUAUGCUACUGUCGGCGUUAAUGUGAAUUGUUACUCAACCAAUACUUCAUCCACAAAUCAUUCCACGGCUGACAAGGACGAUAAGAGAAGACAAGACAAACUACUCACCGGUCGAUAUAAGGCGUGGCCGGUCAUAUUAUCGCCGUCUCCAAUAAGUGUGUGCUUGACUUGUCUAUAAAGCCGAUCUGGUCCCACCCCCGCAUUCAAAUUGGUCGAAGAUGAAUUCUUCUUAUGUCAGUCUUCCCAUGCAGCAGGACGAUCGAUAUGCUUUGACAAUUCUUACUGAAGCCGCUAUGCAAACCGAUACUCAAGCUAACUACAAUCCUUCAUCCAAUAAUUUCAAUACAAUGUCAAACGCCACCGGCAAUGUCUUUCUGAGUAGUAAUCUAGCUAAAAACAAUUGUGUCUCGACCGUCCAAGACACCGUUUACCAUUCACGUGCACCGCCUAUCUCGACAUCGAUUUCUUCAUCCGAGAUCAGUAAUCGUCCUACCAAUACAUCGCAAUAUCGUUUUCCACCUUCAAUAUCCAACCUUCUCGGGGACCACACAAGACCUCACCAAAAUAUGCAGACACUUGCUUUCAAUUCCACAGAACGAACCUCACAAGAUACCUUUAUGAACCAUCCAUUCCAAUCAAUCUAUUCCAAUAGUCUAGGAAUUUUGAACGCGGAGAAGUACGAUGAUGGGAGGGGUUCCAUCGGAUCUCAUAAUCCUAAUAUGAUGAAUAUGAAGGGUCAGAUGCAAAAUCAAAUACCAUUUGGAGUGGUGGAGAAGCAUGGAGAUAGCAGUGAUACAAAACCACAAAGUGAAGAGAAUGAGCAUGGACAAGGGAAGAAGCGAAGGAAGAGAGUCAGAAACGAGUCUCCAAAUCUUGAUGACGAUGAUGAUGAUGAAGCUCGAAAAAAGGCGAGAGGGAGACCAAGAGUAGAUACUAAAGAUGAAACUGCUGCUGAUAGGCGAAGAACUCAGAUUCGAAUGGCCCAGAGGGCCUAUCGACAUCGCAAAGAGACAAUAAUUUCUUCUUUAGAGAGGCAAGUCCAGGAACUUAAAGGUACAAAUGAAGAAAUGAAUAAUAUAUUCAUUAACCUCUAUGACUUUGCCAUCAGUAGAGGUCUUCUACAACGCGAGCCGGAGUUUGGUCAACAACUUCAAUCAACUACGCAAAGAUUCCUUGCACUCGCAAAACAAAGUGCAGGCGAUGAAAAUCCAAGGCAUAGAGAUGACUCGCCAGAUAAUACCACACAUGAAUCUCAUGGUGAGGCCAAACAUUCUUUGACAAGUCAGAACACUCAACACCCGCCUCCCCUUAUUCUGCUCUCAGAUGAGCCGACUACUACCGAGACGAUAAACCCGUGGGGCGGAUACACUGUAACGAAGGAUAAUAGUUCCGAAGAAGAAGAAACGCAGAUCGAAUUUAAUCAAAACGACACAGAAGAACCUAGACAAUAUGAGAUAAUCAGCAGGGCAACUGAAGAUAACGCGAGUUUUCCUUACGACUGGACGAGCAUUCAACAAUACCGAGUCGAGAUACAUUCUCCUACCAGUAACUAUUUCUUCCAAAGCUUUUACCCUCACGCCGAAGUCCCGCUUCCAACUACACAUUCCUACUUUGAACUUUCAUUUGCACGUAGAGUGCACCGCGCAACGAUGGAACAAGGCUACAAGUUACUCACAAUGCCAAAUCCUCCACAACAACAAUUCGAAAAGGCAUUUGGCUAUUGCUUGAAAUAUGAAACCAAGGAAGAAUGCAUCGCGCGAUUUCAAAGGGUUCUGAAUACUUCAUCAAAGGAUUCUCUUCAGAAUUGGCGCUAUCCAUUAGUUCACCCUGGAGGAUCGGGUACAUACUAUCCCAAUCAAGACUCUGAUACUGAUAAUGAGUUGAUGCCCAAAUUCCGUACCGGAUUCUCUAUGGGCCCCUUUCCCACAGCCUUCACACCAUUACUAGAAAACAUCAGUUCUGAUAUGAAAUGUACCCUUCCUGGGUUUGAAGGCGAGUUUUUUGAUCCUAAUGACGUUGAAGGUUAUCUCAGAGGUCAUGGAUUCGAUCUUCAUCCAGGUGCCGACUAUAUCACAGGUCAAAUAGAACUUGAGGUUUCUUCCGAUGCCCACAGUCCAGGGACUGCUAGUACUGACUCGAUAUUCCCACCUACACCUCGGAGUCUAGUUGGCAAAGCCCUUGAUGAAACCAAUAAAAAUGCGUAUAAUCUCGAUUAUAUCAAUGGUAACCUAAAUAAAGAAGCUCAAGCUAGUGGUAUUUCCCAGUUUCUGACAUUUCCAUCAUGGAAUGCUAGUAUCCCCAGAGGGGCUAAUCCUCUUGAUUUAUCCGGUCCAAUAUUUGAUGGUACAGCCGGUCCCAAUUCUGAAACUUCGAGUCCCAAAGUUAGUACCAAUAGUAAACGCUAUACGGAGAAACGUACUGUGACUAUUAAAGUCGAAACCCUGAUCAGAGAAUUGAUUGGUGUUGCAUGCUGCUUGGGACGUGCCCCUGGAUACAGACGAGCCGAUAUGGAUGCUGCGAUCAUAAAUGCAGCAAGAGAAACUGGGUUUGAAUGA